ACUCGGCCUCUGAGCUCCGGGAGUCGCUGCGUCCGCGCAGUCCGGAACUGCGGGGUGGCCGCCGCGGGAACAAGAGAGGGUCUGUUGUAACCUGUUGAGUAACUAUGGAAGACUAUAUCAAGAUAGAGAAGAUUGGAGAAGGUACUUAUGGUGUGGUGUAUAAGGGUAGACACAGGACUACUGGCCAGAUAGUGGCCAUGAAGAAAAUCAGACUUGAAAGUGAGGAAGAAGGAGUGCCUAGUACUGCCAUCCGGGAGAUUUCUCUAUUAAAAGAACUCCGCCAUCCAAAUAUAGUCAGUCUUCAGGAUGUGCUCAUGCAGGACUCCAGGUUGUAUCUCAUUUUUGAAUUCCUGUCCAUGGAUCUCAAGAAAUACUUGGAUUCUAUCCCUCCUGGUCAGUUCAUGGAUUCUUCACUCGUUAAGAGUUACCUGUACCAAAUCCUCCAGGGGAUUGUGUUUUGUCACUCACGAAGAGUUCUCCACAGAGACUUGAAACCUCAAAAUCUAUUGAUCGAUGACAAAGGCACAAUCAAACUGGCAGAUUUUGGCCUUGCCAGAGCUUUUGGGAUACCGAUUAGGGUGUACACACACGAGGUAGUGACGCUGUGGUACCGAUCUCCAGAAGUGUUGCUGGGAUCAGCUCGUUACUCCACCCCUGUUGACAUCUGGAGUAUAGGUACCAUAUUUGCAGAACUGGCAACGAAGAAGCCACUUUUCCAUGGCGAUUCAGAGAUUGACCAGCUCUUCAGGAUUUUCAGAGCUCUGGGCACUCCUAACAACGAAGUGUGGCCGGAAGUAGAGUCUCUGCAGGACUACAAGAACACGUUUCCCAAGUGGAAGCCAGGGAGCCUCGCAUCCCACGUCAAGAACCUGGAUGAAAACGGCUUGGAUUUGCUCUCAAAAAUGCUUGUCUAUGAUCCUGCCAAACGAAUCUCUGGCAAAAUGGCCCUGAAGCACCCGUACUUUGAUGACUUGGACAAUCAGAUUAAGAAGAUGUAGUUUUCUGUGGCAGUCCCUGCCUGCUGUGGCAGGGCCACGUAGUGACAUUUACUGUUGGCUCUCUUCCUGUCUUGUAUAUUUUUCUUCUGUUUGUUUGUUUGUUUGUUUGUAAACCAUCACCUGGACUUUUCCUAAUUUCAUACAUAUAACUUAAUUAACAUGUAAAUAUUCCAUAUGAAUUUAAAUAUAAUAAUUCUGUAUAUGUGUAGAUCUUACUGUGGUGGCUGUUUGUUACUGUCCCAGAAGUAGGCCUUGCUGCGAGGAACU